CUUGGUAGAAUUAAAAUGAUCAAUGGCCUUUGUCUUUAAACCACCAAACGAGGGAUCUUGGGAAAUUCCUGCAAGACCUGUAUUGUCGGGAAUUUUUGCGUUUAGUUAUUUGACUGGACCUUGAAUUGGAAAACUUACGUGCCAUAAUUCUUUUUACUUUCAUGUUAUUCACUUAACAUACUUAUUAAAUUGUCUAAAUUGGGUACUUACGCAUAUGAACUCAAGUAAACCCUUAAAAGACUGUAUUAUAUGUUGUACGAGUAUCAGCAUUGAGAAAAGAACAGAAAUAUUCAGUAAGGCUGCAAAACUUGGGGCAAUAUGCAAAUCAGACUUGACAAGAGACGUCACUCAUCUAAUUGCUGGUGAUUUUGACACUCCAAAAUACAAGUUUGCCGCACGAGUACGGUCUGACCUUGCGUUUCUUAAGGAUUCAUGGAUUCCGGAUCUUUACAAUAGUUGGUUAACAGGCGAGGAAAUUGAUCCAACACAUUGGCAAUUAGAAUACACACUUCCUGCUCUGUUCUCUACGCGCGUUUGUAUUACCAACAUUGACCAACCAGAACGAAGCCGAAUUGAGCAAGCUGUAGUACGCAAUGGAGGAUUUUUUUCGCCUGAUCUUACCCGUGACAUUACACAUCUCAUCGCUGGUAACAUGACGGGAAGAAAGUAUGAAUUCGCGUUGAAAUGGAACAUCAAAGUUGUUCGACAGGAAUGGCUUUGGGACAGCAUACGACGUGGGGCUGUACUUGAUGCAGACUUCUAUUCAAUGGAUGUUCCUGAUGACCAGGUAGGCGUUGGCGCCUAUCCGACUGCUAUUCAUGCAACGCAUGUUGCGCAAAAGCGUACCAUAGGAAAUACAACAAGGGAGGCAGAGGCUGAAGAAGACAUCGUUUUAACAAAGAAACGUCGAAAAGGUAUUAAAGAUGGACUCUGGGACCACUUAAGUCGUACAACAUCUUUUCGUACGGAAGAGGAUGAAUCGAAUGAGAAUGAUCUGUUCGUCGAGAAUGAACCAGAAAUGGUUGAUCAGGAGGUGGAUCUUCAAUUCGAAAAAAAUGUACCUAAAAAACUAUUUCACGGUUUAUUCUUUUACGCACAUGGCUUUGACGAAGGAAAACGUUCUCGUCUCUAUCGGUGUUUACUCAUGAAUGAUGGUACUAUAAUGGACACUCCAGAACGUUUAAGUACAUAUGUAAUUGUACCACAUGACAUGUACAUUGAUGAUGUCCCAACGCUUCCAAAUAAGAUUGUUAACGAGUGGUGGAUCGAGAAAUGUCUUUUUCACAAACGUGUGUAUAAGCCUGAAGAAUAUCCGCUUGCGCAACCAUUCAUGAAAUCUUCUUUAAAGUCUUCAUUUAGUGAACUUGCUCUGCAUUUCUCGGGUUUCAAGGGAAUAGACGUUGUUCAUUUAAGGAAACUUGUCGAACUUCUCGGUGCUCGCUACUUCGAAUAUUUCGGUGCUCAGCGCAGUUUGCUAGUCGUGAACACUUUUGAAUCCUUCGGUUCCAAAACUCUGCUAAAAAUGAAUCAUGCGGUCAAAUGGCAAGUAAGGGUCGUAGGAAUUCCAUGGCUGUGGGAAGUGCUAAAAAGAGGAACUUUUAUACCCGAUGUGGCCUCUUGGGCACUAGACAAAAAGGGUGACCAAAAAAUUAAAAGAUUUCAAGACCCCAAUAAAAAAGACAGGCGUGUGUCUAAUCCAGGUUCUAUUUUUGAACUGGAUCCCUCAAAAGGCAAUACUCAAGAUACACCUAACAAAUCACUAGACUUCUCCGAUAUCCAGAACCCAAGACGGUCAUUAAAGAGUCAGACGAUUCGCGUUGUUCACAAAGAAGAACCUUUAAAACGAUCUAAGACUGCACCGACGCAAUUUGGCGAUGUCUCCAUAUUUCACGAAGAAAUGUCCUUGCAUUCUGAGCCUGGAACACCACAGGACGAGGUUUCUUACAUUGAUCCACAGGCACACAAAAUUAAACAGCAUCUGCUGAAAGAACUCAAUAGAGACAGUACAGAUGAAGCUCUCCCACUUUCGGCAACACCCAUAAUGGACGAGAACAAUGAAUCGCUUCUUGUUACGGAAAAGCGGCGCUCUUUGCGCGGUUCACGCUGAGUACAAUUGGCCCUACUUCGUCUGUUUCCCUGUAUAAUAUCUCUACACCCCAGUUUGAAUUAGUUACCAAAAGUCAAUGAACCUAUUUUUUAUUCCAAUAACUCAAAUCCAACAUAGUUGAUUAUUUCAACUUUCCAAAAAGCUCUAAAGCCAAAUUUCUACCAAGUUAGUAAUCGAACAAAUAACGAGUAAUUAAAGUAACAUACUCUUUCUC